GGGCCCAACAUAUGCCGGGCAGGGGCCAGCGGCAGCCGCUGCGUAUAUAUUAACGCAGUUCUCAAAUCAACCCCGGGCCAAAGGCCUGAUUGCCGUGUGACUGGAACAGAAAGCCCGCGCGCGCGGGUGGGGACGCGGCCAGGUGGCCUCUCGGUUACUCCGCGACCGACCCUCGCGCUCCCCGACCGACGCUCGCGUCCCCGCCCCCGGCUCCGAGCGCGGCCGCGACCCGCAGGCCCUCCUCCGGUCCUCCGCCCUGGGGCCGCCACCGUCACGUGCGGGCCCCGCGGCCGAGCCCACAGUCCGCGGCGUAGCGCCGCAGCUCCCGCGUCCCUGCCGUCGCGAUGCCCGGGGCUGGCAGAGCCCGGCGUUUGCUCCACCCGUGCCCACAGCCCCCCGAGGAACCGCCCGCCCCGGAGGAGGAACAGGACCUGCUCCUGGCAGCUGCCUAUGUUUCUGACGCCCAGUACAACAGGAAUAUUCCAUUUGAAACAUCCCCUCGGGCCAUCAGGCUUUACUAUUUUUAUAACCACUGGACAAUGCGAUUUGCCACCUACUUCUUUAUCUGUGUAGACCUUUCCCUCGCCCUGUUUGAGGAACCUGCCUUGUUUCCAGUACCUUUCUUGGCUACCUCCUUAGUGGAAGUGCUCUGUCUGACGGCGUUCUUCGGGAGACUCAUACAUUUUGCAAAAGUCACUCCUCAAAUGGUCUUCUGGAAGGAUAUGAAGAACAUCUGCAUCAUGGUGGCCAUAGUGCUGACCUUAAUCGAUCUGAUUAUCUAUGGGUCUCUGGAAGCUGUUAACAUUCACAGCAUUCGAUGGUCCAGGGUCUUAAGGCCAGUCUUCCUAAUUAACUUCCCCGAGAGUCGUCAGAUCCGAAGGGCUUUCCGAAGCAUCCGGAACACUCUGCCUGAUAUCCUCUAUGUCUUCCUCCUAUUUAUGUUCAAUAUGCUCAUAUUCUCCCUUAUGGCCUUGAAGCUUUUUGGGGAUAGGGAUCUUAAAACGGUGGAAGGAUCGGCUUACUUCACAAACAUCCUGGAGAUAGCAUUUGAGCUCUACGUGCUGGUCACGACUGCGAACAGCCCAGACGUCAUGAUGCCUGCCUAUGACUUCAAUUGGUGGUAUUCUCUGUACUUUAUAACCUACCUCAUCAUCAACACCUACAUCUUCAUGUCCGUCUUUCUGGCUGUGGUCUACAACAAUUACAGGAAGCACUUAAAGAAUGAGAUUCGCAAACUGGCAUACCUGAAACGCCACAAAAUGCUAGAGGCUUUCAACAUUCUGAAAGUCAAGGUGGGCACAGAGUUUGUGGUUAAGAAGGCCCAGUGGAGGCGGCUGGCCAAGGUCGUGGCACCGGACAUCAGCAGUUCUCACCUGGAGCUCCUCUUGAGGAUCUCCGACGAGGGACAGAAGGGGCAUGUGGACAAAAUGAACUUUCUACGCCUGGCUGACCUCCUCAACAUUCAGGUGGUCACUGUCAACAUCAAGAGACACCCGCUGGAAGCUUGGAUGCCUCAGCUGUACCAGUCGUCCGCAAGCCUCUGGGUACAGAAGGUGGUUCGGCACAGGGCUUUUGUCUGGGUUUAUGAUGUCAUCAUUCUAAUAAAUGCCAUAUUCAUUGCUCUGGAAGAGAAAAACCCCUUCAUUUCCUACGCAGAAUGGGUUUUCCUUUUUCUCUACAUUACUGAGAUUCUCCUGAAACUGUACACGUUCGAGCCCAGAGUCUAUUUUGGAAGGAAGCAGUUCUGGAACUGGUUUGACACGCUGAUCAUCAUUGCAGCCCUUGUGGCCACUGUGGCCACCACCACCAUUCAGCCAGCAAGAAAAUACAACAGUCAGCAGAUACUGGACAUCGUCUUGGUACUGAGAAUACUGCGGCUCUUGAGGGUCAUUGUCAGCAUCCAGAGAUUCCGGGUCAUCGUGACCACCUUGAUUAACAUCGGCCCCGCAAUGCUGACGUUUGGUGGACUUGUCUUGGUGGUCUACUACGUGUUUGCUAUCAUCGGGAUGGAAGUGUUCCAUGGCAAGGUCCGGUUUUUCGGCCCAAACGCCACCACCCCUGAUGCCCUGGUGUGUGGGAACCCGGCCCUAAAAGACUCGGCGUUCGCCCGAGACAAAUACUGCAAGAACAACUUCAACAACCUGGCCUCCUCGUUCAUCCUCCUCGUGGAGCUCACGGUGGUGAACCAGUGGCACAUCCUUGCCGGCGGCUUUGCCCUGGUGACUCAUCAGGCAGCGAAGCUGUACUUCAUCGGCUUCCACGUCGUGGUUGUCAUCCUCAUUGUUAAUAUUUUCAUAGCGUUCAUCUUGGAAGCAUUUUUUGUGGCAUAUUCAUUAGAAAAAAGUGAAGUAGAAACUGCCAUUGAGAAGAAGAUUCAAGAGCUCAGAAUGGGAAUCCAAGAAGAAGAAAUGCAGGAUGGGAAGCUCAUUGAUAAUGUGGAAUCCAAGGACAGUGGCUUUCAUGGAGAUGAUGGAGACAACAAAAGGAAGACUUUGAAAGGGCUGUACUUUAGAAUUGCAUCAAAAAAGUACAGGACUGUGGACACCUUGCUGCAGCAGAUGUUUGAGUCUGAAAUUGCCCCGGAGGAUGAAACCCCUUCCUUGGAUGAGAUUCUGAACUUCUCACCCAGUGACAUAUAUCCCAAGAAUCCCAGUUUUGAAAACAGUGCAUGAUUCUGGGCUGUGGGCCCACAACUGGAAACCAAGAUAAGCUGUUAUCACUUGUGCAUAUGCUACCUAGAGAAUGUGUUUCCAGGCCAGGUUCCCUUCUGUGUUCUGAUAAUCCUGUGAACCCAUUCCACUCACCCUGAGUAGCCAGUUGAAGGGCGUGGAAACGCUGUCUCUGUAUGCCCCGCCUGGGGUCAUUCUGAAGUCUGAUUGUGGAAGUCAGGAGAGGAAAGGAAGAGAUUGAGAGGAGCAUUUAUCAUACACAUUUUAAGUACAUGUGCAGAGUCCUUUCCAUGGGCAUAUAAAAGCUUUUCAUUUAUUUUAUAUAUUUUGCUAUUCUAUUAAACAAAUACUGUGCUACAAUGUUGCACAAAUAAAUUUUUAAUAACUACAGUAAAAGAAUACAUUCUAGUAUAGCAGCUUUUAGAUGCAGUUUCAAAAUGAAGAAAAACAUGAAAAUAAAAUUUUGUAAAAUUGUUUCUUUUUCAGGGGGAGUUUCUCAAUGUUUAAUUAAAUUACAAUUAUAGCAAGACUUUUGAGUAAGUCACUCUCUGAGGUUACUUUCCCCAGCGGGAAAUAUCCCAGUACAGUGACAUGCUCCGUAUGGGAAAUUAAAAAGGAUUUUUAAAGUUCAUUUAUUUAAAAAUUUUAAGUUGUGGUAAAUACACAUAAAGUUUACCACUGUAACCAUUUCUUAGUGUAUAGUUCAGUAGUUUUAAGCAUAUUCACAUCUAUAUGCAACCAAUCUCUGGAAUUUUCCCACCACCCCAAAUGAAACUGUGACCAUUAAACUAUACGCCCCUUUCGCUCCUCCCCUGGUAACUACCAUCCCACCUUUUGUUUAUACGAAUCUGACUACUUGGAUGGUAGUUGCAUUCUGAGCAAGUGUAAUCCUUUCCAGAGUUGUCUGGGUGUGACUCCUCGUUUUUCUGUACCUCAUCAUGGCCCCACCAUAUGGCAGGGGAGUUGGUGGGAACACAUCUCCAUGAGCUGAGGUCUCUGGGUGCAGUGAGGUCCGAGUCAUGCUUUGAGUUAUGCGUCGAUACACUGACACUAGCUUGGGAGGGGCUUUGUUUCCUCCGUUCUGCAGGUGACCUCUGGUAUAGGAGCAAAACCAGGGUUUUGUGCUGACUCUGGGGCUAGACUGUCUGGUUUCAUACCUGGUUCCUCCCUGGCCAUGCCACUUAACCUCUGUGAGCCCCAUUUCCUCACCUGCAUUUGACACAAAUGGUACCUCCCUCCCACACCUGGUGCCUGUAGGAAAGUGACUGGUGGAAUGCCGGUUUGGUGCUGUCUCAGCGUUUGCUGUUCCCAGUUUAAAACCAUGCCUGGGAUUGGGCAUCAGUGCCUUAGAAUUCCAUUAUCAUGAAGAUUCCCAGGAGGGGGACCAUGCCGACCUAUCUAACGGGAUUUGUGGAGUCCUGCCAUCCUUCUAGACCCCUCUUAUUUCUUUAUCUAACACUUAUUAUUAUGUAAAUAAUUAAACUGAAAGUACUGAGUGGCAACUUAAUUUUCUAAAUUGGAAAAUAUGCUGGCCAUUUUUUAUGAUGCAUUGUAAAAAAUUCAAUACAGAAAUAAGAGUAAAAAGUGGCUUUUUUCUUCCUUUUCCUCCUUCCACCCCCUUUCAUUCUACACACUAUCUGAGACCUCUUUCCCAGUAUAACUGCUGUGUUGUUUAUCCUUCUGGAACAAAAUCUACUCAUUUACAGCCAUUAUCAUGCAUAUUAUUAUACACUGAUUGUAUUUUUCAUCCUAAGUGGUAAGACAUGUUCAUGUAUGUUCAAGAACCUGCUUUUUUCACUUACCAGUCUUUGUUUCAUGUUGAGGGGUGUGUGUGUGUACAUAUACACAGAAAUGCUGCCAAGUGUUCCAUACCAUUAAUGUUUCAUGACUUACGGAAGAAUUCACUUUUUCAGGGACCUAUACAUUGUUACUCAUGUUCAAUAUUAAACAAUAA